AUGCAGGGUACGGUGGCCGAAAAUGUACGGGGCAUUCUUCAACUGGACGAAGCGUUCUCAAACAAUACCUUGGACUUUUUCCUCUUGUUGAGUUCGGCGACGGGAUCAAUUGGACGCCCAGAACAUACUGCUCAUUCGACCGUGACGGCGUUCAUGUCUAGUAUUAUACAACGGCGCAAAGAGCGUGGACUGGCCGGUAGUAUAAUCCAUGCGGGAGAGGUACGUGGCAUUGGGUGUGACAAUCGCUCGCCCUACUGCCAUGACUCCAUAUCCUGGUUCCCCAUGUCCGAACGCGAUCUGGGUGAAACCCUCAGCGAGGCUAUCCUGGCUGGCUCCGGCGCUUCCAGCUGUAACCGUGAAAUUCUUGCGGGAUUGGGGCAUAUCUCCCCGCAACAACAGAAGCAGACCUGGGUUCAAGAUCCCAGACUUUGGCAUCUUGUCCUUCACCAGAACAACGGCAUGGCUCGCCAGCCGAUUGGUGAUGGCGCAGCCGACGAUCUACGACUUGAACUAGCACCGAGCUUAGAAGCAGCAGGUGAGAUAGUCGAGAGGAUGUUGAUAAAUGAGAUUCGCAAGAGGCUUCAAGUCUCUGGCGAUGAGGUCAUCACACGAAAUACGUUGAUGGUUGAGCUUGGGGUUGAUUCCCUCGUGGCGAUUGACCUGAGAACCUGGUUCUCGAAUGAGCUGUCUGUCGAUAUCCCAACUUUGAAGCUCCUUGGCGGCGCAUCCAUUGGCGACCUUGCAGACCAUGCCACCUCGAAUUCAGCCUUACUGAUAGGCCUCAAAGACGAGCAGCCUCAAAGAACCGAGGACAACACAGGGCUGUCGGAUCCCUCGGGGGAUGGCUCCCCGACAUCUUCUCAAUCCGACAGCAACUCGCUCUCGGACAGCAACCAUAGCCACGAGAGGGAUAAGAUGGUGUAUACAAAACUCGAGAGACUGUCCUUUGCACAGACGCGCUACUGGUUUCUCAAUCAAUUCCACGAGGAUAAGACUUCACACAAUGUGACCUUGCUGUUCAAAAUGGGCACGCUGCCGCGGAUAGCUGAUCUUGAAGCUGCCAUCCACCUCGUCGGUAUGAGACACGAAACGCUGAGAACUUGCUAUUUGACGGAGACGGAUGAGGGCAAGAAUCCGUAUCAAGCCAUUCUUGAAUAUUGCCCUCUUCGGCUGGAGAAGUGUCGGGUAGGAGACGAUGAAGACGUGAUGAGCGAGGUUACCAAUAUUCGUAACCAUGUGUACAGCCUGGAGAGCGGAGAGCUUGCACGGAUUCGCCUCAUCACUACAGCUGCGAAUAAAUCCCUCCUGCUUAUUGGGUGGCACCAUAUGGCGUUGGAUGCGGCAAGUUUCCACAUCUUCCUUCAUGAGCUAGGGCUAGCAUACUCGAAACAGCCGCUUCCCCCCCGUCCGAGGCAGUAUACGGACUUUGCUGCCGCACAACGGGCGGCGUAUGAGAAGGGAGAGAUGGAUCGCGAGCUGGCGUAUUGGAAAACGGAGCUUGAGCAGAUGCCGGCUCCUCUGCCCUUACUUCCGAUGGCGUCGACCGGAGUACGGCAGGCGCUGAAGAAGUACGAUCUAUAUGAUAUCAGGUCGGAUGUCGGGCCCGCGACAAUGCGUACGAUCAAGGCAGCUUGCAGAAAGCACCGGGCAUCUCCCUUCCAUUUCUUUCUCGCUGUCCUCCGCAUCUUCCUCGCUCGUCUCACCGGCGUUGACGACUUCUGCAUUGGCGUUGCGGAGUCCAACAGAUUCGAUGCCGCCAACGCAGGGAUCGUUGGGUUUUUGCUCAACCUGCUGCCACUCCGAUUUCAGUCCGGCAUUGAGGGUCAGUCAUUUGGCGAGGUGCUCACGGCCACGCGGGACAAAGCCUACAAGGCCCUCCAGAACUCAAGCGUACCCUUUGAUAAGCUGCUUGAUGAGCUGGGCGCCGCUCGAUCAACAGCGUACAGUCCCCUUUUCCAGGUUCUAAUCGACUGGCAACCGCAGACCGGCGACAAUUACAAGCUUGGAGACAUUGACAUGGUGGCCGAGAGAAUCCUACCGGCCCAAACGGCGUAUGACCUGACGCUUCUGAUCGGGGAGUCUGCAGACGGUGGAGCUAUCGUCAACGUCCGCGCUCAAAGCUCCCUGUAUGAUCGUAAAGCAGCUGAGCUUAUCGCGCGUGGGUUCAUGGAGCUCGUUGAAGCCCUGGCGACAGACUUCAGCCAACCGGUCGAUGAUACCCCCAUGUACCAAUCGGAGGCGGAGCACGCCAUCAAGCUCGGGGAAGGCCCAUUGUUAGCCACGGCAUGGCCAGAGACGAUCUCCCGGAGAGUUGAUGAGGUUUCGGACAAAUACCCGGAUCGUAUUGCAGUAAAGGACACAGAAGGCCGGGAGCUCACAUACAAGGGGCUGGCUGACCGGACCACUCUGCUGGCAGCCAGACUUCUUGAGCUUCGCGUCGCCCCUGGCUCACCAGUCUGUCUGUUCAUGCAGCCCACCGCAGACUGGGUGUGUUCCAUGUUGGCUAUAUGGAAGGUGAACCUGGUUUAUGUCCCGCUCGACCUGAGGAACCCCGUUGCGCGACUGGCGAGCAUGGUUCAGGAUUGCCAGCCGCGCGUCAUCAUCUGCCAGGACAAUACGGCGGCAGAGGUUGAAGCCCUAGGAUUCCCAGCCGCGCAGGUGCUCAACAUCUCCCACCAGAAUGCUGACACCGAGAUCUCAACGGUGGUCGAGAACAAAUCAGAUCCCCAGGCCCGAUGCACAAUCCUCUAUACCAGCGGCACCACGGGCCGGCCAAAGGGCAUCCAGCUUCGGCAUUCCAGUCUGCGAAACGAAGUGGAAGGAUACACGAAGCGAUGGCAGCUUGGUGCAGAGACUGCCCUUCAACAAGGGGCAAUGACUUUCAACCACUCGCUGGAUCAGAUGCUGGUUGGGCUUUGCAACGGUGGCCGCGUCAUUGUUGUCUCGCGCUCCCUCCGCGGCGAUCCAGUCUCGUUGACGAAACUGAUAGUAGACGAGCAGGUCACCUACACGAAAGCGACGCCGUCAGAAUAUUCCACCUGGCUUCAGUACGGUUCCGAUUCACUGUCCCGAGCCUCGACCUGGUUGUUUGCCUUUGGUGGUGGCGAGCACUUGACAACUUCGUUGGCUCAAAGGUUUCGAGCUCUAGAGCUGCCGCAACUACGUCUGUUCAACUCCUAUGGGCCGGGCGAAAUCACCAUCUCCUCGCACAAGUGCGAGAUUGACUACAAGGACGAAGGAUCAGCGCCACCAGGGAAUAUCUAUCCCGUUGGCGAGUCACUGCCAAACUACAGUGUUUACAUCGUAGACAAGAAGAUGCGAUGUGUGCCGCGCGGCGUUUCCGGUGAGAUACUCAUUGGAGGCGCAGGGCCCUGCAUGGGAUAUCUGAAUAUGGACUCCUUGAACGAAGAGAAGUUCAUUCGCAACCCGUUUGCUCGCCCCGAAUAUCUCAGCCAGGGAUGGACCCGAGCGUAUCGGACCUUCGACCGGGGCCAUCUCCUCAGCGACGGCAGCCUGGUCAUCCAGGGCCGGCUUGAUGGCGACACGCAGGUGAAGCUUCGUGGUCUUCGUAUCGAGCUCGGCGACAUCGAGAGCACCAUUCUCGAAGUGGCAAAUGGGCUAUUGGACCAUGUCGUCGUGUCUGCCCGUGGGGAGAAGGACCAAUUCCUAGCUGCUCAUGUUGUUUUCUCUCCGCAGUUCCACGGCGACGUGGAUCAGUUCUUGAAGCAGAUGAAGUUUCGUUUGCCGCUACCGCAGUAUAUGUGCCCCGCGCUUUUCGUUCCAGUUGAGCAGCUUCCGCUCAAUAUCCACGGCAAGUUCGACCGCAGGGCGGUUGAAUCGUUGCCUCUCCCCAGGGUUUCGCAGACUAGUAACCCAGCCAGCCCCAGCAAUACGUUAUUGACGCCUGCGGAAUCGGCAAUGCGGAAUACAUGGAGCAAAGUCCUAAACGAUGAAGGCUUUAUCAACAUGUCUGACAUCGACAGCGGGACUGACUUUUUCAUGGUAGGCGGAAGCUCCGUGCUGCUGGUCAAGCUUCAGGCAAUGCUUCAUGAGGAGCUCGGGGCGGUGGUACCGCUGGUCGAACUGUUCGAGCACAGCACCCUAGGUGCAAUGGCCGUGACAGCCGAAGCCGUGAGGCAAACGAACGCCAUCGAUUGGGAAGCUGAAACAUCCAUCGACGAUAUUGUCGCCUUUCAGCUACCACCUGCAGUUCCACCGAGUGCAUCCGUGCAGAAAAGCGGCCUCACUGUUGUCCUCACUGGGGUAACCAGCUUUCUAGGCAGAGAAAUCCUGCGGCUCCUCGUCGCUGACCCUAAGGUGGCUCACAUCCACGCAGUUGCCGUACGCUCCAGAGUGGGCAGCAAACGCCCUCUUCCCGACCCCCAUCCCAAUCUGACAUUGCAUGAUGGUGAUCUCUGCAGUCCAUACCUCGGACUCAGCGCCUCUGCCUUCGCCUCGCUUGCCACAAUCGCGGACGUAGUGAUCCACAACGGUGCCAACCGUUCCUUGUGGGACGAUUACCAAGUCGUGAGAGAGGCCAACGUGGCCAGUACCAAGACUUUGAUCACACUCACCCUCGCCAGCAGCCGUCGCGUCCCUAUCCAUUUCAUUUCCAGCGGCGAACUCGCGAGCAUGGCCGCGGACGGCGCGACCCCCGCCCAAAACGGGCAACAGGGAUACCUUGCCUCCAAGUGGGCGAGCGAACGGCUGCUGCAGAGAGCUGCGGCGGAAUUUGGCAUCCCUACUAUUGCCCACCGUUUAACCAAGAAGAUCGUGAAGCCCACUUCGCCACAGGCCGUGUUGGAUAAGUGCCGCUCCAUCGCUUGCCAGAUGCGUUGUCUUCCUACGAAGGGAGGCUGGGAGGGCAUUUUAACCUUUACUCCAACCAAUGUCCUGGCCAUGGAUAUUUCUGCGAAGGUCCUAGAUGUUAAUGCAGGUGGCAAUGCACCGGCAGCCCAUAAAGAACUGGUUGUUCACGAACAUCAGGCAACGGUGCAGGUGAGCAUAGCCGAUAUAAUAACAGCAACACGAGAGACGAGUGAGCCGGUGGACAACUAUGAUAAACUGAUAUUCCCAUACUGGAUUGGGCGGGCCAGGAGAGAGUUUGAUUUUGGAUUGUUUGUAACUGGGCACGAUGUGGUCGUGGGCGAGGGGGAGAAAAAGAGUAUUACUGUUGUUUAG